CACCAUAAGACGGCCCAUGACAGCUCGCUCUGUCUUUCCACCAUUUCCGCCUCGCCAAAACCUUAGCCGAGCAGAUAAGAAAGAACUCCUCUACUCACACUCUGCACUUUUACAUAACUCUGUUACAUUCUCUAUGCCUUUCAAUUAGAUCUUCUCGAAGGGAUUGAAUAUGAUCCUAAAUGGAUGCUUAUUGAGUUCUGGGGGUAUUUGUAAUCCUUACAAAGCAUGUAGCUUGAAAUCCUAUGCAUCUGCAUCGUCACACAUCCCGCUGCUGCCUUCCAAGGUUAUAGUCGCAUGUGCUAGACAUUCACCGGCACCUCAUCGGUAUUCAAAAUCCUGCUCUAAUGGAUUCAGCUUCCUUGAUCUUUCUUCUGCAUCAUCACUUCUUUUACGUGGUGAAUAUGGUGGUCUUCCAAAUGCUAUGCCCUGGUUACCAAGGCGAAGCCAAUUGUCCUUUGCCCCUAGAGCAUCGAAGGAUGUCCCCUAUAGUUACAGAUUCCCUCCGAUGACCAAAAAGCCAAGGUGGUGGUGGAGAUCUUUAGCAUGCCUCCCUUACUUGAUGCCUCUUCACGAGACUUGGAUGUAUGCUGAGACAGCAUAUCAUCUCCACCCUUUCUUGGAAGAUUUUGAGUUUCUGACAUACCCUUUCCUGGGAGCUAUUGGGAGAUUACCGAGCUGGUUUUUAAUGGCAUACUUCUUUGUUGCUUAUCUUGGCGUAGUGAGGAGAAAGGAAUGGCCUCAUUUCUUUAGGUUUCAUGUGGUGAUGGGGAUGCUACUUGAGAUUGCCCUGCAGGUUAUUGGGACUAUAAGCCGUUGGAUGCCACUUGCGGUAUACUGGGGCAAGGUGGGCAUGCAUUUUUGGACCGCUGUCGCAUUUGCCUAUCUGUUCACAGUUUUAGAGUCCAUGAGAUGCGCACUUGCUGGGAUGUAUGCUGACAUUCCAUUUGUGUGUGAUGCAGCUUAUAUUCAAAUACCUUACGAUUAAUGAAGCCAACAUAAAGGGAGUACUAGGAUGAGUCAUGUUUCUUAUGCCUUUUUGAUGGAACAUUGAGGCUGGGUGUAACUGAAUUUUUAACUUGCAAUGGUCACUGCCUCUUGUCAAUUUAUACUAGUGCUGUUCUUUCC